GUAGGUCCUUCAUGAAUGAAACCACGUGACCAAGCCAAAUCAUAUGACGUCUGGCUUCAGCGCGAGAGAAAGAGGAUCAACACGGUCUCAAAUUCGCCGACAACAGCGUCAAACUCCCGCUGGAUUCUUUUCGCUUCCACCAGACACCGUCAUCUGCAGCUCCAGACGUUUCCCGACGCGUUCGAUCUGCGUGGCUUGGCAGCGGUUCCUCGUGGCAUGACGACCACUAACAAAGGAAACAAGGCCUUGAAGGUGAAGAGGGAGCCCGGCGAAAACGGGACGAGUCUGACGGACGAUGAGCUGGUGUCCAUGUCGGUCCGUGAGCUCAACCAGCACCUGCGCGGCCUGUCCAAAGAAGAGAUCCUGCAGCUGAAGCAGCGCCGGCGGACGCUGAAGAACCGCGGCUACGCCGCCAGCUGCCGCGUCAAGCGCGUCACCCAGAAGGAGGAGCUGGAGAGGCAGAAGGCGGAGCUGCAGCAGGAAGUGGAGAAGCUGGCUUCGGAGAACGCCAGUAUGAAAGUGGAGCUGGACGCGCUGCGCUCCAAAUACGAGGCUCUGCAGAGCUUCGCCAGAACUGUGGCCCGAGGGCCCGUGGCCCCCGUUUCUAACGCGGCCGCACCCGUGUCCCACCGCGGGCACUUGGCCUCCGUCAUCGGGCCCCUCGUUCCCGGCAAGGUGGGAGCCACCAGUGUUAUCACGAUAGUUAAAUCGAAAACCGACGCGAGGUCUUAGUACCGCACGCAGAAGAAGGGUUGGUCAGUGCAUGAGGGUUUAGGUGCGGGACGCUCGUCGCUCUCUUCUCGAUUUCACAGCGCUUUUGGGGAAGAAAACAGACUGAUGACAAAACCCUUCAGUUUUUGCUGCAAUGCUCUCUAAUGUGGCUUUUUCUGGGUUACAAAAGAAGGAAAGCACAUCUAGGACGGUUUAUUCACUUGGGCUUCCAAAAACGAUCUCCAAAUUACAUAACUAAAAUCUAAAAACAUGCAGCCAAAUUUUCCUGGUGGAUGUGUUUAAUAUUGCUGUGAGAUUUGUAAUUUUGUACAAAUAUUGGCGACUUCGUAUUGUGUUUUUCACAUGGGGUCCAAGUGUUUUAUUGAUAUGUGAUCAUUCAGUGUUUGUGUUAUUGGAAAUGUUGUACUUUUUAUACAGCGUUGUGUUUUUUGUUCUCUUUGGAUAUGCUGUUUCGCCAUUUUUCCGUCCUUUUGUUUACGGACUGCAGGCACAAAACACUUUAAACCGUUCAGACUUCCAAACUCUUCCACCGUCUGUAUGUUUUGCCGUGGAACUGAAGGAGAGAGAAUCAGCCAAUGAGAAACUCCCUUUACCUGAGCCUAAUUUAUGCACUGACCAAUCACUGACGGGCAGGAGGAGUGGAGGCGGAGUCAAAUCAGCUGAUGUUGUUCAUAUGGUAGCUAUCAGAAUAAUCUGCCACCAGUUUAUGUGCUCCAGUCGUCUGUUUCAAGACAGGAGAUCAUCUUUAUCGGCAAGGCAAUAACAUGUUUAUGUUGUGCAAUGUUAAAUUUUGAGGUUUUGUUUGCUUUGUGUAACCUUCUCUUGUCAUUUGGUUAUGGUGAAUUGCUUCAUGUUGUGUAACCUUCAGAGUGAAGGUUAUAAUGUCUUUCGUUGUUUGUAGAUCCAGAGAGGUUGUUUUUUUUUUUUCCCCACUAAAAACGAGAAUGAAAUAUGGCGAACAAAAAAACAAGUUUCUGUUUUUGAAAGACUGACUGAAAGACAUAAACUGGUGAAAUCUCACAAGCUUUACCAUAACUUUGUUGCUGUGACAUUGCGUAACGUAUUCUAAAAAUCUUUGUCUAUAUGGUGGAGUCUUGAAUUUUAUAAAAAAAAAAAGAACAGAGUAUCUUGCAUUAUUUAUAAAACAUUUAAAAAAAGAAUUAUAAAGUUGUUUGAUAGCUCUCUUUUUUGCAAUUGUACCAAAAGUGGCUUAACUAUUGAAGUCAAUAGCUUUUUCUAGUGACUAGGCGCGUAAAACUGUGGACUAGCGCGUGUGGUGUGAUUUGUACUGGUGAGGUGGCGGUGUUGUUUACGAUGUGGAUGUGAUGCUCUUAUCUUCUGAUUUCAGCCCAACGCAGGCGAUGAGCGCCGGUUACCCAGAAUCCCUGCGAUUGUUUGUGUGCGACUGAAAGUUUGUGUGUUCCAUGUUUAAGUGGACGGGACACAAACGAAGGAGGGGAAGCGGCCGUAUCGCCUGCGUUUGAGUCCUUUUUAUGUGACGUGUGAUUUUUAUAUAUUUUUGGUGUAAUACGUUUCUAUGGUAUAUUUGUUGUUGUUUUUUUUCUUCUUUUUUUUCUGUUGUUUUCUUUAAAUGCCAGGGAAGUGACUCCUUUUAAAU